AUGUCAGUGUCUGGUUUAGAUUACAAAGUUCAGAUUGUCGAUGCUAGUUUUAAGCUAUGUAUCCAGAGACCGAAUCCUGCUCUGACCAUGGCUCAUGUCAAAAUGCUAGAAAAGUUUCCUGCCAUAUAUCCGUACUUAUUUUCUAAUCUGAAAAUAGCUUCCAUCGCUAAAGGAGAAUUCGGUUUUACCAUGGACGACGUAUUUCAGGGAGAAGUUCCCUCCACCCUCAUUCUAGGAUUGGUAUCAAGCAGUGCAUUCAGUGGAGAUUAUAAGAAAUCACCUUUUAACUUUCAGUCCUUUGAUUGUAAUUUUGUGGCCUUCUAUGUAGACGGACAGUCGUUUCCAACCAAACCUCUUCAGCCUAACUACCAGUCUCAUACUUACUUGGAAGCUUACCAAACCCUGGUUUCGGGUAGAGAAAACGUUUACGUAGAACGUGAAGAAUAUCCGAAAGGGAAUGCAUUGUACGUCUUAGACAUCAACCCCUACAUAGAUUUUAACAUAAGAAGAAAAGGACAUUGUCGCCUAGAACUCAAAUUUGCAUUUCCAUUACCGGAGAGCGCAACAUUAAUCUUGUACGGAAAAUUUCCACAAAUUCUUCACAUAGACCAAUCUCGAAGCAUUAUUUUCAAAUGA